AUGAGCACAAAUGAAGAUGGAGUAAAUAUUAGAGUAAUUUGCAGAAUGAGACCUUUAAAUAAUUUAGAAAAAUCAACAGGAGGUUAAAAAUGCGUAGAAUAUACAAAUACGACAAUUUAAGUUACUUUGAUGGGUGAAAAACCAUAAGAAUUCACUUUUGAUAGAAUUAUUAAUCCAAGUACAAAUUAAAAAGAAGUUUUUGAAAUAGUGGCUUGUCCAGUUAUUGAAAGUGUUAUGUAAGGAUACAAUGGAACAAUAUUUUGUUAUGGAUAAACAUCUUCUGGGAAAACAUUUACUAUGGAAGGUCCUGAUAAUUAUACAGAUGAAACAAAAGGUUUAAUACCAAGAAUGAUGGAAAAAGUUUUCGAUUUAAUAAUAAAUGCAAGUGAAGAUUAAGAAUUUUAAAUAAAGGUUUCAUUUAUAGAAAUUUAUAAUGAAAGAAUAAUUGAUUUAAUUGAUAACACAAAAUAAAAUUUAUAAGUAAAAGAAUGUAAAACAAGAGGAAUUUAUAUAUAAGAUGCGUCUGAAAUAUUUGUAACCUCUACCUAUGAAAUGCUAGAAAUUAUGAAAGCUGGUUCUUUGAAUAGAACUUAAGCAGCAACAAGAAUGAAUGAGCGAUCUUCAAGAUCUCAUAGUUUAUUUUAUCUUUAAGUUUAUAAAAAAAAUAUUGCUACAGAUACUACUACUAUAAGUAAAUUAUAUUUCGUUGAUUUAGCCGGAAGUGAAAAAAUAAGUAAAACAAAUGUAUCUGGUUAAUAAUUAGAAGAAGCGAAAAAUAUAAAUAAAUCAUUAACAUGUUUAGGUAUGGUUAUAAAUGCUUUAACUUCUAAUGGAAAAGAACAUAUUCCUUACAGAGAUUCUAAAUUGACAAGAAUUUUAUAAGAAUCUUUAGGAGGAAAUGCAAAAACAACUUUAGUUAUUAAUAUUUCUAUGUGCUCUUAUAAUGAUAAGGAAAUUUUGUAAACUUUAAGAUUUGGUUUUAGAGCGAAAAUUAAUAAUAAACAUAGUCUAUGA